AUGAUUGGUAGUGGAAAGGAAGAAAGAGAGAAAAGGGAAGAUGUUAAUGUCUUAAGCAUAAGGAAAGGAUCACUCGACAUGACUCUUCAUCUUUUGAAUCAAUGGAAGAAUCAACCGGGUGGUGCUCAGAAUGCAAGUGCGUUUUUACUUGCUUUGAAAAGUGAACACUCUUCGGUGCGCGAAAAGGCAUUAAUUAUUGAAGCUUUGAGCGAUUGGGAUGUUUUGACGCCAACUUGGUUUGAAGUUGCUGACUAUUUAGGUGUAAUCGAAGGACUUUAUGAGGAUGAAAGUUUCCAACAACGUCAUCUAGCUGCCCUUUUGGCUUCCAAGGUUGCAUUUUGCUUGGGUGAUUAUAAUGGUGCUUUACAACUUGCUUUAGCAGCUGAAGAUAAGUUUCAACUCACUCCUCGAUCACCAUCAGUUCUGGUCGGUCCUCAAGAUGAGCAGUAUGUGAAUAAAAUAAUCGAGCAUGCUUUGGAUACUUAUAAGCAAGCUAAGCGGAAUGAUGAAGAAAUAGAUCUUCGUUUAGAAAAAUUAAUUAAUCGACUUUUUGAAAGGAAUAUGAAAAGACGAGAAUUGAGAUAUGUCAUCGGCUUGGCUUUGGAUACGCGGAGAACAGAUAUGAUUCUGAACGCAAUUAAGGCCACUGACGAUCAAGCAGGAUUAUUGACUGAAACUGUAGCAAAAGUAUUGGAAUCACAAAUGGAUUAUGCCUUCCGAAGUGUUGUAUUAGAUUUGUUGCUUCGAUUAUUUGCUGAACUAGAAGAACCAGAUUUUGUUUCAAUGUGUCAGUGUUUGAUUAAACUUGAAAAGCCGGAUGAUGUUACUGAUAUCCUGCAACGACUGGUUUCAAAUAAGGGUGAUUACGGUGUGUUGUUAGCUUAUCAAAUCGCAUUUGAUUUGUAUGAGAACGCUUCGCAGCAAUUUAUCAGUAAAAUAGAACUGUCUUUAAUGGGCAAUGCGAAUGCGGAAGCACCCUCAACAAGUAGUGCGAUACAACAUGCGGAGAUAACAAAUGAAGCAAAAGCGUCUACGGGAGAAAUUCUCACUUCCGAAGGAGAAAACAGAAAGUCAGAUGAAAAUCUUUCUUCUGAAUCGUUGAAAGAAAAAGACAAAGGAAAAGAAGAUGACAAUGAAUCAUCAAGCUGUUCGAAAAGUACCGUGGUUCCUGAAGUGCCAAAAAGUUCGGAAUGUUCGACAUAUGCAACACGAGAAACUGCAAACAUAGAAACUCGUCUUGCUGAAGGAUCGAAAAUAGAGGACAAAGUAGUCUGUGAACGUUUGUUAUCAAUUUUACGGGGAGAGCAAACUAUCAAGCAUCAUAUGCAAUUUCUAAUAAAAAAUAAUCACACUGACAUGUUGAUCUUAAAACAAAUAAAAGACAGUGUACGAACAGCUUCAGCACACAAUGCUACAGUAAUUGCCAAUGGCUUGAUGCAUCUGGGUACAACUACGGACGAUUUUCUAAGAGACAAUUUGGAAUGGAUAAGUAAGGCUACAAACUGGAAUAAAUUCAAUGCUGUAGCAUCACUUGGACUCAUUCAUAAGGGUCACGAGGCAAAUGCGUUGAAAUUGUUAGAUCCAUAUUUGCCGAAAGGAGAAGCCGAUCAAUUCGGUUUUAAAGAAGGUGGUUCAAUGUAUGCUUAUGGUCUAAUUCAUGCGAAUCAUGGCAGUACUAAAGUUAUUGCUUAUCUUCGUGAUCAGCUGUCGAAAGCAACUACUUCAGCCGUACGACAUGGAAUCUGUCUUGGUCUUGGUCUAGCUGCGAUGGGAACUCAUGAUGAGCAGGCCAGUUUAAUAUUCUGCAUCAUAUCAAAUAUCAUUUGUGUAUUUAUGCAGUUACGUGAUUGUUUAUAUCAAGACGAUGCAGUUACUGGUGAAGCUGCAGGUUUGGCUAUGGGUCUUGUCAUGGUUGGAGGUAUGCACGCUGAGGCAUAUCAGGAAAUGGUGCAAUACGUAUGUGAUACUCAACAUGAUAAAAUUCAACGUGGUUUGCGCGCCGGCAUUUCUCUGCUUACUUAUGGACAGCAGGAAGAAGCAGAAAAGUUGAUAUCUCCGUUAUUAGAGCAUAAAUCGAAUGCAGUCUUGCGUUCAACAGCAGUUUGCAUGCUUGCAAUGGCUUAUGCAGGAUCAGGAAAAGCAGAUGUAGUUAGACGAUUGUUGGCUAAAGUAGCAGCUGAUCCCAAUCAAGAUGUAAAGCGUUUUGCUGUUAUCGCCAUUGGUUUUGUUCUUAGCAAUGACGCAGAACAAUGUCUAAGCUACACAGGCAUGCUAGCUGAACAUUUCAAUCCUCAUGUACGAUAUGGUGCAGCCAUGGCUCUUGGAAUAUCUUGCGCUGGUUCUGGUUACAAAGAAGCUAUUGCAUUGCUUGAACCUUUGUUAAAUGCUAAAGAAAAUUUUGUCCGACAAGGUGCUGUCAUUGCGUUGUCAUUCAUUUUAAUACAGCAGACGGAUGCAAUAUGCCCGAAAGUAAAUGAGUUCCGAAAAACAUUAACAAAGAUGAUAACAGAAAAAGGUGAAGAUUCAAUAACCAAAUUGGGAGCUAUUCUUGCUCAAGGAAUUAUUGAUGCUGGUGGUCGUAAUGUGACUAUAUCGCUUCAUAAUCGUAAUGGUUAUCCUGAUAUGCCAAGUGUUGUUGGAACCUUUGUAUUUUUGCAGUAUUGGUACUGGCAUUCGUUGGCACAUUUCUCAUCUCUUGCAUUUAAACCAACUUGCAUAAUUGGUCUUAACCUAAAUCUUCAGAUGCCUAAAACUGAAUUCCGCUGCAAUGCAAAACCUUUAACUUUUGCUUACCCACCUCCGUUGGAAGAAAAAAAGAAAGAAGAAAAUGAAAAGGUAGAAACAGCUGUUCUGUCCGUUACACAUAAGAAAAAAUCAUCGGUGAUUGAUCGAUCUGUUGUCAGCACUGCAGCAGCUAAAGAGGAAUCGAAAGUUAAGGAAACUAAGGUAGAAAAAGAUACCGAUGACAAAAUGGAUGUUGACAGUGUAUCUGAAUCUGAUUCUGCUGCGGCCGCAUCAACUGCGAUGAGCACAACUUCAGAACAGAAGUCGCCUGAGUUAAAAAGCAAAGAGUCUGAGAUAACAAGUUUUAUGCUUCAAAAUCCAGCUCGUGUUGUUCGCUUACAACUAAAAACUUUGCAAAUACCUGAGAAUAGUCGUUACAAGCCACUGAAGGCACUUUCUCAGGGUGGGAUUAUUAUGUUGCGAGACAGGAAAGCUGGACAAGAAAAGGAGGAGAUUGUAGCACUAGCUGCAGCGGGUGGAACACGGGUGGAUGGCAAAGGUUCCGAAGAAGCAAAACCUCACAGUCCUUUCGAGAUUAGCAUCACUUCUUACUAA